AUGGGCCUGUACAACCAAACUGUGGAUUUCCUCUCUGGUUCCUUCUCAAACAACCAAACUCAGCUCCCCUUGCUAGCAGUGACUGGGGUUUCAUUCACACUUGGUCUACUCGCUCGAUCGGCUUUUCCUCGAAACGAAUUGCCCCAGACUGUUCUGGUCUCGCCUCGAUCGACAGUCUUGCCUGGCAUAUCUGAGUCGGAGAAUCGCCAACUGCCUCUCCCGGCUGACGCCCUACCCGGUGCUCGUGAUGUCGCUAGCCCGUAUGGGUCGAUCCGAGUAUAUGAAUGGGGCCCGGAAGACGGACCCAAGGUGUUGUUCGUCCACGGUAUCACCACACCGUGUAUUUCGCUCGGCGGGGUGGCCCAUGCGCUGGUGGACCGCGGCUGCCGUGUGAUGCUAUUUGACUUGUUUGGAAGAGGAUAUUCCGACUGCCCUGCUGAUCUUCCACAAGAUGACCGCCUCUUCUCGACACAGAUCCUCCUCGCUCUAACAUCAUCGCCUAUCUCUUGGACAGGUGCGGAGUCCGGUAAAUUCUGCCUUACCGGGUACUCUCUGGGAGGUGGCAUCGCCGCUGCCUUUGCAUCUUAUUUUCCUCAGCUUCUGUCGUCCUUAGUGCUUCUAGCCCCUUCGGGCUUGCUCCGCGAUUCCCAAAUCAGUUUCCAGAGUCGACUUCUUUACUCAAAGGGCCUUAUGCCUGAGAAUAUCUUAGCGUCCUUGGUUCACCGUCGACUGAGAGCAGGCCCCUUGGUCACGCCCAAGCCUAAGAAUAGGAAGCUCAAUGCCGCGGAUGUACUCACCGAGGAACUGCCUUCCCAAAGCGCUGCAGCAACCCAAAUUCUGUCCCGAGACUACCCCCACAUCAACAUCCCGUCUACUGUGGCGUGGCAGGUGAAUAAUCAUACAGGGUUUGUCCACGCGUUCAUGUCUAGCAUGCGUUACGGCCCAAUCUUACGAGAGCGCCAAUGGAACAGCUGGGCGCGUCUUGGCCAGUAUCUAACUGCACAGAACGGCGCCUCAAGCAACGAAAAUAAGAGGCUGGCAGACAACAAAGUCCACAUUCUGUGUGGCAACAAUGAUCCAAUCAUUGUCAAAAGUGAGCUUGUUCCAGAUGCCACGGCUGCCCUGGGUGGCAAUGUUGUCUUCAAGUUCUACGAAGCGGGACAUGAGUUCCCCAGUACCAAGUACGAGGAGGUAGCAUCUUACAUCUUCGAGUUACUGUGA